AGGGGGAGGGCCGCCGCCGUUCUAGCGGUUCGGCGGCGGUACGGGAGGAGCUGCGGCCGGGUUCGGCGGCUCAGGGCAAGGGCGUGUGGGGCCGUUCUCCUCUCAGCAAACAGCAGCCCGCGGCAUCAUGAAGUCAGCGUGGGCGCUGGCUCUGGCAUGCACGCUUCUCUUGGCCGCAACGGUGACCGCUGAGGAGGUGGACGUGGAUGCGACCGUGGAAGAAGAUCUCGGUAAAAGCAGAGAAGGGUCCCGAACUGAUGAUGAAGUUGUUCAGAGAGAGGAAGAAGCUAUCCAGCUAGAUGGCCUGAAUGCAUCUCAGAUCAAAGAAAUCAGAGAAAAAUCUGAGAAGUUUGCCUUUCAAGCUGAAGUUAACAGAAUGAUGAAGCUUAUUAUCAACUCUUUAUAUAAAAACAAAGAGAUUUUCCUGAGAGAACUUAUUUCAAAUGCUUCAGAUGCUUUGGAUAAGAUACGCUUAAUAUCCCUGACCGAUGAAAAUGCUCUUGCUGGUAAUGAGGAACUCACUGUCAAAAUCAAGUGUGAUAAAGAGAAGAACAUGCUUCAUGUUACAGAUACGGGUAUUGGCAUGACAAAAGAGGAGUUGAUUAAAAACCUUGGUACCAUUGCGAAGUCUGGUACAAGUGAAUUCUUAAACAAGAUGACUGAAAUGCAGGAUGAUAGCCAGUCAACAUCUGAGUUAAUUGGCCAGUUUGGUGUUGGCUUUUAUUCUGCUUUCUUAGUAGCAGACAGAGUUAUUGUCACAUCAAAGCACAACAAUGAUACCCAACAUAUUUGGGAGUCAGAUUCAAAUGAGUUCUCUGUGAUUGAUGAUCCAAGAGGAAAUACUCUGGGACGUGGCACAACCAUAACCCUUGUCUUGAAGGAAGAAGCAUCUGACUAUCUUGAGUUGGAUACUGUUAAAAACUUAGUCAAGAAAUAUUCACAGUUCAUAAACUUCCCCAUAUAUGUGUGGAGCAGCAAGACAGAGACUGUUGAGGAACCAAUUGAAGAGGAGGAAGCAAAGGAGGAGAAAGAAGAAACAGAUGAUGAUGAAGCUGCAGUUGAAGAAGAAGAGGAAGAGAAGAAGCCAAAAACUAAGAAGGUUGAAAAGACUGUCUGGGACUGGGAGCUCAUGAAUGACAUAAAACCAAUCUGGCAAAGACCAUCUAAAGAAGUUGAAGAGGAUGAAUAUAAAGCUUUUUACAAAACCUUUUCUAAGGAGCACGAUGAUCCAAUGGCUUACAUCCAUUUUACUGCUGAAGGGGAAGUAACUUUCAAAUCAAUCUUGUUUGUUCCUAAUUCUGCUCCACGUGGCUUGUUUGAUGAGUAUGGAUCCAAAAAAAGUGAUUUCAUUAAGCUAUAUGUUAGAAGAGUGUUCAUCACUGAUGACUUCCAUGACAUGAUGCCCAAAUAUCUUAACUUUGUUAAAGGUGUUGUGGAUUCUGAUGAUCUUCCUUUGAAUGUAUCUCGUGAAACACUUCAGCAGCAUAAGUUACUAAAGGUGAUCAGAAAGAAGCUUGUUCGUAAAACUCUUGAUAUGAUCAAGAAAAUCGCAGAAGAAAAAUACAAUGACACAUUCUGGAAAGAGUUUGGUACUAAUGUAAAGCUUGGAGUCAUUGAGGAUCAUUCCAAUCGUACACGCCUGGCUAAACUUCUUCGCUUCCAAUCUUCUCAUCAUGAAAGUAACCUUACAAGCCUUGACCAGUAUGUGGAAAGAAUGAAAGAGAAACAAGACAAAAUUUAUUUCAUGGCAGGUGCCAGCAGAAAGGAGGCUGAGUCCUCACCAUUUGUUGAACGCCUUCUGAAAAAGGGCUAUGAAGUUAUAUAUCUGACUGAACCUGUAGAUGAAUACUGCAUUCAGGCUCUGCCAGAGUUUGACGGCAAGAGAUUUCAGAAUGUAGCAAAAGAAGGAGUUAAGUUUGAGGAAAGUGAGAAGUCCAAGGAGAGCAGAGAAGCCUUGGAAAAGGAGUUUGAACCACUCUUGAACUGGAUGAAAGACAAAGCUCUAAAAGACAAGAUUGAAAAAGCUGUGCUUUCUCAACGCUUAACGCAGUCUCCAUGUGCACUUGUGGCUAGUCAGUACGGAUGGUCUGGUAACAUGGAAAGAAUCAUGAAGGCUCAAGCUUACCAAACUGGGAAGGACAUAUCCACAAAUUACUAUGCUAGCCAGAAGAAGACAUUUGAAAUAAAUCCCAGACAUCCACUCAUCAAAGACAUGCUGAGGCGAGUUAAGGAAAAUGAAGAUGACAAAACAGUUUCAGAUCUCGCAGUGGUGUUGUUUGAAACUGCAACUUUGAGAUCAGGAUAUAUGCUACCAGACACAAAGGAAUAUGGAGACAGAAUAGAAAGGAUGCUUCGUCUGAGUUUAAACAUUGACCUGGAUGCAAAGGUGGAGGAGGAACCUGAAGAACCUGAAGAUGCAGCUGAGGAGGCAGAGCAAGAUGAAGAAGAGGUGGAUGCUGAUGCUGAAGACAGUGAAACACAAAAGGAAUCCACAGAUGUAAAAGACGAACUGUAAACUGCACUCGCCUACUGUCCUGCACUGGGAGGUUAAGAGGAUGUGAAUUAGAUUUUGGUUUGUUUUCCACUGUAAAAGGUUGAGGGAUGGUACAUGGGGUUUAAGGGCAAAGGAGAUUUUUUUUUAAGUUGACUUUUCUAAAAAACAUUCCUCACGAAUGUAAAUUUGUAUUAUUUAACUGACUUGGUGUAAAAUCUUGUCAUGUACAAAAUAAAAUGUUCCCAAACACCAGUACCUCUAAAUUUUACAUAAGUUCAUCUUCCACAGUACCACAAAGAAUUAAAGGGAGGGUCUGGGUGCUCAGGUCCUUCAUACAGCUGUCAGUUAGCCUUUCCACACUGGCACAGCCACACUUCUGACUGCUGUGUGUUCCACAAGUGUAUGCUGAAGGCUGGGUUUUGUGUUAAUAAGCCUGUCAUACUGUUCAGUCCAAGUAUACUUGGUAUCUGGGAGCUGUAGAGAAUAAAUACUUAAGAAGUUGUGUAGCUAGUGUCACCUGGUGGGGUGUUUAAAAAAUAGCAUUGGAACUGAAGCUUACCUUGCGUGGAAGAGCAACUUCGUAAGGAAAGUGCUGGUCAUAACAGGCUUUCUGAAACAAAUUUAAAAUACAGUUAGUACUGGAUUGUGAGACUUGCUUGCACUUUACAGAAUAGGCAGUGGUAGCUUUCACAGCUGAGAUGGACAAAAGUAAUUUCCUUUGAAGGUCUGAAGAACAAGUGGUUGUGGCUAUUUGUCUUGGAGAUUAUACUAUGCUCCACUGUAGUAACCCUGCCUUUAAUUCAAGUAGCUUUCCUAACAGCUACGGUAGUCCUACUUUAUCCUUUUUUUUAAUGUUGAAGUUCUUGGCGGUUACUUGUUGUUUAACUCUUAUUCUACUAUUAUGACAAACCACUGUAAGUACUUAAUUUAAUGCAAGCUAAAUCUGUUGACACCAAAUGAAAUACUGUGAAAUGUAGAUAGUUUGAGCUGGGGGCACCACUUCGUUACAUGUAUAGUAUUGGCUGUGUGUGGUUAGAUGAAGCACUACAUUCUCUCACUAGUGCCUCUACAUCUGAAACAAACCUUCACAGGAUUGGUGGACAGUGUUUACAUUGACUUUACUAGCCUUCCUCUGUGAAGGUACUUCAGAGUAGUACUCCACAAGAGAAUUGCUUUUCAAGUAGAGCUGUUAACUAGGCAUGCGAAAGAGUAAAAUUGGAGUCUUGAAAUCUAAGUAAAAAAAAAAAAAUCUGAUUAGA